AUGACGCGCAAGUCCUUCUCAUUCAACGAAGAUGAGUCACUUGUCGCAUACGGGGCCAACGCCUUCCCUCCAGCAAGGAGAACCUCCCGCGUCGAGGGCCGGGGCUCAACCUGCCAGUUUCCAGGCUCCUUGGUGCCGCCGAUGAUGGUCCCGCCAUUGAAGAAACGAGGGAUGAUGAAGCUCCAUGUCCCAUCCUUGUUCUGCCUCGUCACCGUUUUCGUCGCCGAUAGGACAUUCGUGAUGACGAUCUCUGUGGAGCGUCUUCCCACCCUGGACGAUGAACUUGCGCAGCAGGUUACCGCAGUACAGAGGCGAAUUGACGCAGUACGUCUCGUACUCAUAUCCAAGCUGCACGCCUUCGGGAAGCUCCGAAGCAGCGUACUUGCGGUACCCCGCCAGCCCGGUCUCCUCGGCAAAGCUGGCCUCGGUCUGCCUGACAUAGUCGGGCGGCGGGGCAUCGAGGAGCUCGAUGCCGGGCGUGCGGGUGAUGCCGACCGAGGGCUCAGUCCGCAGCAGGUCCUCGAACUCGGCGGUCGUCUGCUUGAGCCAGCGGGCCUCGCGCUGCAGCUGGGGGCUGUCGCCAGCGGGGAUCGGGCGGACGUGAGCGCCCGCCCACAUGGAGGCGUAGUCGGGAGAAUGGGCGAUGGGAGCUCCCGGAAUUGA